GGCACGCAGACCCCGAUGAGAGUCUGCCCUUCUCUCAUACAGCCCUGCAGGCACCGCAGGCCGCUCUCAGCUCUCCCCGCUCCUUCUCCUCUCCAGCAGCGCAGCCCAGCUCUCAGCCCAGCUCUCAGCCCGUCCUCGCAGGGAGCUGCUCCAUCACGGAUCACCCUCUGCUGGAGCUGGCGGCGUGCCGGGAUCCUGCUGACGCCGUCGGCUGGGCCCGAGCCGCCACGGCAGCGAGGGCGGUGCCGCGGGGCAGACGGCGGACGGUUCCCAUGGCGGCCGAUCGACGCGCUGAGCCCCGCGCCGGCCGCUGCACGCAGCAUGACGGAGCUGCACCAGGCCGUGGCCGCGGGGCGCCGCGGGCGGGCGGAGCGGCUGCUGCGGGCGGAGAGCUGCGAUCCCAACUGUAAGGACGCGGACUGGGCCGACUGGACCCCGCUGCACUGGGCCGCUGCCAGGGGGCACGUGGCGAUGCUGCGCCUGCUGCUGGCCCACGGCGCCCGGCCGUGCCUGCGCAACGCUGCGGGAUGGACCGCAGCCCACUGCGCGGCCGAGGCGGGGCGGCUGGCGGCGCUGCGCACCCUGCACGCCGCGCACGCCCCCAUGGACGCGGCCGACCCGUUUGGGGACACCCCCAGGAGGCUGGCGCAGAUCUACGGGCACACCGAGUGCGUCGCGUUCCUGGAGAUAGCAGAGGUGGAGAGCAGAAACUACCGCCAGACAGCAGCGAUGAGGGGAAUGCCUUUGGACCAGGUGGAUGAAGACUGGGAACUCAAGAAGGAGGAGCUGGAGAGAAACCCACCAUGUGCCCAGCACAGCUAUGCGACCUCUGUGCAGAAGAAGAUGCAGAGGAAGAGAAGGAAGCAGUAGUGUCACUGUGUGUUUGGGGCUGCUGAGAACUCAGUGCAGAGCAGAGGCACUGAGUAUCUCAGGGGAAACCUGGGUAGGCAGCAGCAGAGAUGGGUGCCGGGAUGAGCCUCUGUGAUGUGCUGCACAUGCUGUUGUGGUCAUGGGGUGGGUAGGAGUGCUUCUGCCUGCCCUUUAUGCAUCAGGUCUCAAAUAUCAGAAUCACAGAAUGGUUUGGGUUGGAAGGGACUCCAAGGAUCACGAAGCUCCAACCCCCCUGUGCCACGCAGGGCCACCAACCUCCCCAUUUCACAGCAGCCCAGGCUGCCCAGGGCCCCAUCCAACCUGGCCUUGAACACCUCCAGGGAUGGACGGGGCAUCACAGCCUCUCUGGGCAGCUGUUCCAGCACCUCACCACUCUCUCUGUAAAGAACUUUAUGAAUAUUGCAGAAGGUGCUUAAAUAUACAAAUGCUCUAAUUCACCCAAUUAUAUGCAAAUGUAUAGAAAUGAAAUUCACUGCACUCA